AUUUUUUUCGAGUAUAUUCUUAUACCACGUAGAUGGAAAACCCUUAUAACUUUGCCUUAAGCUAAUCAAACUAAUUUAAUAGUAUUAAAAUUUUUGAUGGUUAGGUUUUAUGAAUAUGCAAUAAAUAGUGAUACCAGUAAGACCUGAUGAAUUAGAACUUAAUAACCUUUAAUAGAUGGCUGGAUCGAUAGCCUUGCAAGAAAAUUCAGAAAUGGUAGAAGAAAAACAAGUACUAAUAUUUUAUAUACAAGUAACAAAACCCCCUACAUGAUAAAAAGUAUUUGGAAAAUGGAGAAAGUGUCUAGCAAAUUGUAACUAACAAAAGAACUUUUAACGACUUUAAUAGAGAAUUUCCUUUUGUCAAGAUCAGUGUUUACAAGUAGCACCAAAUGGCUAAUUAAAAAAUAUAUAUACUUUAAGAUGACAAGUAAAAAUAUUCAAUUAUGUUAGAAUUAUUGGAAGCAAUUAGAUCUCAAAAAAUGAAAUAUCAAUCAUUCGUCGUAAAAAGUAAUAACAAUAAGGAGAUAAUAAUAUAGAUUUAGGUAGAUAAUUUAAAUGAUAAUUUUUAGGUCUCUCUUCAUAAGAAGUAAAUAUAGAUUAAGUUCCUUGUAAAAUUUCAACAGAAUUUGGUUUUCGUCAUUCUAGUAGAAUUACACCACAUAUUCUCUGUUUUUUAUCUUUAAAAUAUUCCCAUUCAAGAUUUUAAUAAUUUCCAUCCAAUAUCUUUAAACUUAUACACUCAUUUAUUAAGUAGUUCUUACUUUUAAUUUUUUUAGAGAAAAACCAUAAUUCUAUGUUUAGGAUUGUGGAACAUCUUUGAAAACCUUAGUUAGAAUUAAAAAAGAAAGUCCAAAAAUAAUGAACGAUUACAACAAUUACUUAAUUGGAGCUGAUUUCUAUUUUCAUGUGGUUCAAUUAAAUUCAAUACCAUAUCCAUAAGAUAAGAAAAAAAAGGAUCAAGAAACACCAAAUGAAUACUUUUAUUAGACUCUUGUUAGAGAACAUGAAAAAUAUAGAGCUAGAAUUCAUGGUCUGUCUUUAGAAGAAUAGGCAACUUUUUAAGGUAUUUCAUAUAUUUAUAUAAUAGAAUACUUGGAAGAAUAUAGAAAAUUAAAGAAGAAAGGAAGGAAAUAAUAUCAUCUCUUAAAUUGCUAAAGACCAUUUCUUAAAAUACAAUUUGAUACACCAAUAUUUAAAUAGAUAGCUGUUUUCAUAGCUAAAUCAGGAUGUGAAUAAAUAUUUAAAAUUGGAAGAUCUUAGGAUUGCGAUAUUAUUGUCAAUAUGAAUACUGUCUCAAGAAAACAAACUUAAAUUAAAUUCAAUAAAUCAUAAUGGGAAAUCUGUGAUGGAGAAGGUAUACGAUAAUCAGCUAAUGGAACUUGGUAAUCCUUAUAACCCUAUGAAUUACCUUUUUAGAAAAAAUCUAAUCUUAGUACUCCACUUUUGAUUGAAGAUCUUAUGGAAAUUAAAAUAUCUGAAAACAUUUUUAAAUUUGAAAUGAUUGGAUUUGGAGUUUCAAAAAAGUAAUAUUAUUUUAAUAUUAUUAGACGAAAAUUGACAAAUACACUCUACUAAGAAUUAACUUAAUUUAAUUGA